AUGGAUGAAAAAUAUGAAACUGUCCAAUUAUGUUACACUGUACAUAAGUAUUCUAGUUAUUCAGCUAACUACAUACCCGAGAAUAUUAUGGUGAAUAACCCAUCUGACCAGCUGUCGAGAUGGUUUACAGAUAGCACGAACACCGCUAACACAUUAUUACCACAAUUUAUUAUGCUGAAACUGAAGUCCUUGUCAAUAGUAGACACAAUAAAAUUUGGUAAAUACAUUAAACCGCAUGUAAGUGAUCUAAAGAAAUUCCAAAUAUUUGGUGGAAUUGACGAAAGUAAUCUUUCUCUUCUUUUGUCAGCGGGUCUCAAGAAGGACAGUGCACCAGAAGUAUUCAAAUUGAGAAACAGAACUACAGAAGGCUUCUACCUGCCUGUGCAAUAUAUUAAGAUUGUACCUCUUUUGUCCUGGGGCCCAGCUUACAAUUACACUAUCUGGUAUGUAGAGCUGCAUGGCAGAAAUCAGGAAGAUUUUAUCAGGAAUGCUCUGGAAACUAUUAAUUUGCGCAAAGAAGAGGAGGCAGUCCGUAUACUUUUAAAGCAUUUGCGUCGGCGGCGUUAUAAGGAUGCUUUUGAAGCAUUGUCAAGGGAAAGUGGAGUACAGCUUGAAGGACCUACUCAGUCUCGACUAUGGAAUGCUUUGGUGGAAAACGGGGAUUAUAAAUUAGCAGAAGAAAUUUUGGAGGAGGCAUUAAAUGAGGGCGAAAUGGACUGGUACCUAUCGUGGCAGCCCUACCAGCCGCACUGGCGGCAGCUAUCCGGGUGCUCGGCGCAGGUGGAGGCGCGGCUGUGCUGCGGGGACGAGACGCCCCCCUCCCCGAUGCCACGCCCCCCAGAGCUGGCGUGCUCCGACCGCGAGCCGCGCCUCGAGCUGCCCGAUGUGGCGAGUAACGGUGUGGAGGGCUUGGUGACGUGUGAGGUGGGUUGCGGAGGAGGAUGUGCGGCCAGGCCAGGCCCUCGCGGCGGCCACCAGCUGGUAGUGGACCCUAAUACAGGCACGCUCUACCUUUUCGGCGGCUGGAACGGCACCGAAGACCUGGACGACCUUUGGUGCUACAGCACCGUGGCCGAGCGCUGGACGCUGCUGUGCCGGCACAGCAGCAUGGCGGGCGGCCCCUCGCCUCGCUCCUGCCACAAGAUGGUCUUCGACCCGGUCCACGAGCGGCUGUACACGCUGGGCAGGUACCUGGACAACGCGCAGCGGGUGCCCAGCAAUAUGAACAGCGACCUCUACAUGUACGAGGUGGGGACUGGCGAGUGGUCACUGGUGUGUGGCGACACCGCCGCCGCGGGGGGUCCCCGGCUGGUCUUCGACCAUCAGAUGUGUCUGGACGCCGACACGCAGACCAUCUAUGUGUUCGGCGGCAGGGUGUUGCCUGCUAACACCGAGGAGCUGGUGAGCCCCCAGUACUCGGGCCUGUACGCGUACUACAUCUCGAGCAACAGCUGGCAGCUGCUGCUCGCGGACCGCCACGACCUGCAGGCGCCCCAGCCCAGGGUCUCGCAUUCGAUGCUCUUCCACCCGGUGCAGCGGCGGCUGUACAUGUUCGCGGGGCAGCGCAACAAGGAGCAGCUGCUGGACCUGUGGUGGUGGGACGUGGGCAGCGGGCGGUGCGGGGCGCUGUGCGCGGGCGCCGCCGCCUGCCCACCGCCCGCCGCCGGCUUCACGCAGCGCGCCACGCUCGACCCCGACACCGACGAGAUGUUCGUGCUGUCGGGCAUGAGCAAGGAGAAAGACAAGCGCGUGUACAACUCGCUGUGGGUGUUCUCCCUGAAGCGGCUGACCUGGACGUGCGUGUAUCGGAACGACAGCGUGUCGCCGUCGGAGCCCAGGCCGAGGUUUGCGCACCAGCUGGUCUACGACCCCGUCAGGAAGGUCCACUACCUGUUCGGCGGCAACCCCGGCACAGCGAGCAGCCCGCGGCUGCGGCUCGACGACCUGUGGGCGCUGCGGCUGCGGCGCGCGGGCAGAGGCGCCGCCUGGCGGGAGGCGCGCGCCGCGCUGCGCGAGGCCUGCUACCGCGAGAUGGCGGCCGCGCCCGACGCGCAGCCGCGCGCGCUGCUCUACCUGCGCACCGAGCUCAGCGCCGCCCUCGACCACUGCGACCCGCGGCAGGUGACGCAGUUCCAGAAGCUGGCGACGCUGCUGUUCACUGGCGGCGUGGGGGAGGCGGGCGGCGGGGAGGGAGGGGGUGCGUGCGCCCUCAGCCCCCGGCGGGUGCGCACCCUGGCGAGGCGCCGCGCCCGACACCCGCCCCCCGUCGACCUGGCGCAGGCGCUCGCUGCGGUGCUGGGCGCCGAGGACGCGAUGCCGGAGCCCACGCAGCCGUUCGAGGAGGCGAGCGCGCCCACGCCCGACACGUGGGACGUGGGCGAGGAGGGCGACGCCGACGGGGAGGGGGAGGGCGGCGAGGGGGAGGGGUGCGGCGAGUGGGACGCGAGGGCGCUCCGCGUGCGCCUCUACGACCACCUCUGCCGCUACUUCCGCCCCAGCGUGGUGCCUCCCCGCCAGGACCUCACCGACCUAGUCGCGCUC